GAAAGCAUCGAUAAUGAGUAGUUUAGGCUACUUAAAAUAGACUAUUUUACCUAUUAUUAAUUAGUUUUUUUGGUUAUUAGAGUUUUGUGUUAACAGCAAAGGCCAUUGAAAUCAGUUCUAAUGUAGCUGCUGGUAAUGUAGAGUGUUCCUAAUCUGUCACUGAUGAGGAUCCGUGUUAGGAUGCUGCAUUAGAAGACAGCUUGCUGUCUUACAUGUUUCAGAACAAGUCUGUCUGUGUGCUUUCUAGUUAAUAUGAUAAUUAGAUGGGCCUUGAUGGACAUAUUCUGUUAAAACAGCACACUCAGUACUAAUGCCAUAAAUGGACCCUACACAAUUCUGUGCUGUUGACCUGUGACCUCUAGUUAAACAUUAUGUGAUAAGUGUUAGUUGAUUAUGAUUUAUUACAGGGAGGGUGUAACUGGAUGUCUAACACACAUGUGCUUAACGACUCACAGUAAAGAUUAACUGAGAAACAAAUCAUCUAAACACAGCCCAUUAUUAAAGACGUCAAGAGCACUCUGCUCAAUAUACAGGCUGUACUAAACCUGAUUUUCUGCUCUACUGGCUUAUGUUUAAGGCUCUAAGUUCAAUCUACUAGCAUCCGAAGAAGGAAGAGGAGAUCUCCAAGUGCUUUCAGUUGUAUCCAGCAGAAGAAUGAAGAGACAUGGUCGAGUUGGGCCUGACAGGCCUGAUAGCCUUGAGCUUGAACUGACUGAUGGAAUCUCUAGUCAGUCAGUGCGGCCGAUCAUUGCUUCUCCAGUAUCCAUGACAUCAGUUAAAGAUGUGGGGCGGUCAGUCGCUCACCUGGCGUCCUAUGCAAGAGGGCGCUGGAAACAUGCUACCCGCAAGUCUGUGAGGAAGAAACCCACAGAGGAAUAUGUAGGCAGCAAAUACAAGGGUCUGGCAAUGGAUGAGGACAGUGUAGAUGGACAGAAGAAGAUCCAACUGAAUAAAAGGCUUCUGGAUCACUUUCGAGUUCUGGCGGCCAGCAAUAAAGACACAGAUGAGGUCAUGCGUGAAACAGAUGACUUGGCUCCACUUUGGUGAACUUUGGGAGAACAUCAUGUCGUAUUUGUCAGGGCCACACAGUGAUAUUGAUUUUUGCUUUCAGGUGGACCUGCAGUUUCUGAAUGAUGUCCUCGCGAAUGGAGCUGACCCAAACUCAGCUGAUAAAUAUGGGCAAAUGGCCCUGCAUGAGAUCUCCCGGGCAUGGAACGUGGACGUGAUGCGUUUCUUCUUGGAAAGAGGGGCGGAUUUUCAGAGGGCCGAUGCUUUUGGAGUGACACCUCUUCACGUAGCCGCAGCUCUGGAUUAUGAGGAGAUGCUGCAGUUCCUGUUAGAAAGAGGAGCUGACAUUGAAGCUCGCACGAAUAAAGAGAAGCAGACCCCACUGCACUUUGCUGCUAAGAAUGAUGCUGUCGGGGCAGUGAGGAUGUUGCUGCAGAACGGGGUGGACAUCGCUGUGCGAGACUAUAAAGAGAGAACGCCUCUACAGCUGGCUGCUAACUUCAAUCGGAGUGAGACAGCUCGUUUGCUGCUGGAGUUUGGAGCAGAUGCUGGGGUGCAGGACUCUGAUGGACAGCUCUGCAUUACAGCCAUGAUUAGUAAAAUGACUUCUGUGGCUGAUUUGGCAAUGAAUCAAUUCCAUAUGAAAGACCGAAUGACCCGAAAACAGUUCUACUACCUUCAUCUCAUGGAGCCGAAACCUGCUGACAAGACAAACCCAAAAGGUUCUGAUCCAUCAUCACCGCUGGAGAUAAUUGUCAAUCAGGGGAAACUGGAUCUCAUCAUGCACCCCGUAGUGCUCAAACUCAUCACUAUCAAAUGGAACUUAUAUGGCAGAAUGGGAGCCUGGAUACUCUUGCUUCUCAACUUCUUAUUUAUCGUGUCCUGGACAACAGUAGCCAUAUCUGUGUCAGUACGUCAAAAUGGUGAUCGGUACAAUCUUCCUCAGGACUGGUGGCGUGUGUUGUUGGUGGUUUUGGCACUAGUGCUGACGGUGGCUGAGGUGUACAGGGAAGUGAUGGAGAUUGUGCGAUCUAAGAGGAAACUGAAGCACUGGCAGCGUUGGACUGUGCAGAAAAUCAAUGAGGACUUGAGCUGCUCUCACCCUAUGUGGCCUGAGGAACGCAAUUACUUGGAAGGCCAAAUUAAGUAUAUCCGAAACCUGAAAGGAACCUACUCUCAAGACCUCUGGAAUAUCUUUGAUUGGCUGGUCUAUUCGCUGCUGCUGGCAGUUCUGGGCAUCCACUUGGCAGAUGUAUUCCUAGUGUCCGACUCACUUCGACAGAACAGUCUUCGCCUCUUUGCAGUGUCCAUUAUUUUCCUGUGGUUAAGGCUGAUGAAGCAUGUCCGAGCCUUUAGGGUGAUGGGACCCUUCAUUGUCAUGCUGGGGAAGAUUGCAGGCGACGUGCUGCGUUUCCUUUUUCUCUAUAUAGAGAUCUACGUUCCAUAUGCCUGUGCUUUCUGGAUCAUAUUUGGAGGUUUAGCUGAGGUGCCAAGUAUGAAGACGGUUCCUGAGCUGCUGUACAGCUUGUAUCGUAUCACCCUGGUGGACGAGUAUGAGUUUGACGCCAUGCUGGAUGUGGACGCAGUGAUGGCCUACCUGCUCUGUGGAACAUUUCUGGCCCUCUCUGCUAUUCUCUGUGUUAAUUUACUAAUUGCUCUGCUUUCUGACACUUUCCAAAGGGUCUAUGACAACGCUCUGGCCAAUGCAGUGAUGCAACAAGCUGCUAUCAUUCUGCAAAUAGAGGAAUCCAUGUCUUGCCUGAGACGCUGCUAUGACAACGAGUACAUCCACCACCACUGUGCCCCGCUUGGAGAGUUCUACGACGAUGAUGUCACCACUAACCCAGAACAACACGCGGAGAUGAAGCAGCUCACAGAACAGAUCAAGGAUACUUUAGAUAAAUAUCUGCACAUCCAAAGAGAGACAGUCUCACCUCAGUUAGCCUAUGCAGGCGCCGGAGGAGAUACCACAAGGAGAAGUACUGCACUUCCAGAGAAAGAAGAACAUCUCAAGACUCUUUACAUACUUAAGAAAGACCAGCAGAAGCACAGUCAGGACCUGAGUGAGCUGAAGGCUGAAGUGAAGGAACUCCAUAGUUUGCUGCUCAGUCUGAUACAGUCCAAGACAUAUACUGAUGACGACAGGAAACCCUCUGUGACAGAGCAACCUACAGCGGACGCUAAAACCUCUGAAACGAAUUAAUGAAUUGCGUAAAUCAACAUUUA